AAAUUUUCUCUCUCCAGUCUACUCUAGGUAAUGAAAUCGUGCAUUUGUGCCGAUAAAUACCUAGAACUCCUCUGAACAUCAAGUUGCCAGUUGAAAUCAAAUCAGAUUUGCAUCUAAUUAUAACUUAAAAGGAAUUUUCCGUUUAUAAGUUAUUAAAAUGGCACCACGAGGAGAAAGGAAAGGAUCUUAUGUGUUGUUCGAGAAUGAGCAAUCAGAAAAAGACUUAGAAAAAGUAAUUCAACCAUCAGCUGAAGAUAGAAAACUGGACAUAGUGUGGCCUAAUGUAUUCAUAUUUCUCAUAGCACAUAUCGCCGGCCUCUACGGCUGCUAUCUUUUCCUUGGACAAGUAAAACUUUUGACCUGUGUCUUUGCGGUUGUCGUGUAUAUAAUUGCCGGUUUAGGCAUUACAGCGGGCGUGCAUAGACUCUGGUCUCAUAGAGCAUACAAAGCUCGUUUUCCUUUACGUGUCAUCCUUGCAAUCUUCAACAGUAUGGCAUUUCAGCACCCCGUGCUUAUAUGGGCACGCGAUCACCGAGUCCACCACAAGUACUCAGACACCGAUGCUGAUCCUUACAACGCAACUCGGGGCUUCUUCUUCUCUCAUAUCGGCUGGCUGCUGGUCCGCAAGCAUCCCGAAGUGAAAGCUAAAGGACAGCAAAUCGACCUCAGUGACUUAUAUGCUGAUCCUGUGCUUCGAUACCAGGAAAAAUACUAUAUGCCGCUUAUGUUAGCGACUUGCUUUGUACUUCCUACAUACAUACCCACAUUGUGGGGAGAGACGGCAUGGAAUGCUUUCUUUGUAUGUGCAGUUUUCCGAUUCAUUGUUGGUAUGAAUGUUACGUGGCUAAUAAAUUCUGCAGCCCACAAAUGGGGUUACAGACCUUACAACAAGAAUAUAAACCCUGGUGAUGGUAAGACUUUAGCCCUGAUGGUACUCGGAGAAGGCUACCAUAACUAUCACCACACGUUCCCAUGGGACUACAGAACAGCUGAAUUAGGUGCUCCCCUUAACUUGACCACGAGAUUUAUAAACUUGAUGGCUAAAAUUGGAUGGGCUUAUGACAUGAAAUCAGUAUCGAAGGAGGUCAUAGAGAAACGGAAGAUGAGAACAGGCGACAAUAAUCAUAAAGAAUACGAAAAAGAUAAUUCCAUUAAAACAUAAUACAAACAGUUUUUCUCCAAUUUUAUCAGAAAAUAUUGCAACAGAUCAUAUAAUAAUUUCAAAAAUUUAAAUCUGUAUUUGUCCAGCUUAGUGACUUUAGAGCUCAAGUAAUUCUAAUCAUUAAAUGUCUCUUCAGCUUUGAAUCUUUACAGCACAUAAGUGGCAAUCUUUUCCAACAAUCACGACGUACGCUUUACAUAUCGGAUGCAACGAGUUUAAUGAAAGCCCUAUAUAAUAUAUAAUAAUAUAAUAGCAUCAAUAAAUGAAUUUAUGUCUUUUAUAUAUACAUACUCAAUAUCACUAAUAAAAAUUAUAUCUGAAUAGUACUUGUAAGGUAUGGACGAUAUUUUCCUAUGUAAAGUGUGUUGAUGGUAAUACAGAAAUUUAUAUUCCUACUUAAUAUUUAUGAUAUUUUAAUAUUUUAUUUAUCUUCGUUUGAAUAAUAUAUGACAUUGUUAAAAAAUUAGGGCUUUUGUUAUGAAAACUGCUAAUUAUUAGAUUGAUACAUAGUAAAUAGUCUGUUCAUUAUUCAUAGAAUACUUAUAUGAAAUACGUACAGUAUUUAGUAUCAUUUAGUAGAAUAAAUAUUCAUAAAAGA